AUGUUCUGGAAGCUAGAGUGCGAGUUGGACAUGGGUUGUGCAGUGAAGACGAUAAGCCUGGCAUGGGCUCUUGGAGCAGUCAUUAAGUUAAAGGGUUGCUACGCAUCUGUGUUUUGUGAAAAUCAAGAUGGCGUCAUAAUUUAUAGCUGUGAAGAUACUGCAUACUGUUGUGGCACAUCUGAGUGUUGUUUAUUGGACAACGCCACCGGUUUCGACUUCUUGACAUUAUGGUAUUUUUGGGCUUUCGUAGCGUUCGGUCUCUUCAUCAUUGCUACAAUCAGUGGCAUGUUCUGUAAAAGUAAACGCCACAGAGACCGGGUUUCAGUCAUCGACUACCCUCGUGCUCGGGAGGCGCCCGACGGUCAGGAGGACGACGGAUACCGGCAGCAGCAGCAGCAACCACGGCCACAGCAACAACAAGUUCUCGUUAUACCAGUUUUAUAUAACCAGCCUCCUCCAAUGAAUGACAGACCCCCUCCUUACAGCAUCUCCGGUUCGGUUUAUCCCAACAAUGACGUCACUAUGGGAACUGGUAUCCAUCCGGGCAUGCAGCGUCCUCAAGGUCCCGCUACACGUCGCAGCAUGAUGGAGCCACGGCCACCAGGGGGACGAUACUCACUGAGACCGAGGCAGACAGCUUUGCCAGCAUCCGGUCAGUUUAUCAAGCCUCUUGGGCCGGGAUACCGUCCCCCAGGACCUGCUCAAUACGGGCCUAUUCCCCCCGGCUACGUGCCAACACAGUAAUUAUCUUUAAAAAAAGAGACUUAUAUAAUUUCUAAAUCAUUAAACAAAUUGUUUUAGUUAUACCAUUUGCUCUAUGGUUAUACUUACACCUUGUACAAAUAUUGCUGUAUAUUAGAAGAAAAAAUGUGCCAGGGAAAACAAAACUGACGACUUUGAGAUACCUUUGUUUUGCUAUGACAGUAGCCACUAGCCAAACAAAUUAGUCAGAUAUUGCUGCAUGUUUAAAGGAGCGAUUAAAUAUAAUUUUACAAUACUCCAAUGUUUACGAGUUGUGCGAACGUCCGGGUAUCUUUGAUCAGUGGCGUUGCUCUUGGAUUUCGACGCCGUUAAUGUU